AUUUAACACUAAUCUGAGCUGUAACUAAAACAGGCGUCUGUUGCUAGGCAGAUUUUGUAAAACAAAUCUAUUUUGUAACUGGGCAGACCAGGAAACUCGAUCCAAUUAGAAUAUUCUUUGUCCAAAAAAUAAUUCUGCUCUACCAAUAGAAAAUAACACGUGACUGGUUUCUAGGUAGAUUUUCGAGCAUCUACCAAUUGGAGGAGACGUCGGCUUUGUAGUCAGGCAGACAUAGCAAAGUUGUCCAAUCACAAAAAAAUCUGAAAGGGGAUUUUUGCUGUUUCUUGGUUCAGAUGUUGGUUAUGAGGCCCGGUUAGUCGGUCCCGAUGUCAGAGGACCAGAGCCACCAGCGGACCGAGGUCUCCCUCCGGGGGGAGGCCGGUCUGGAAGCUGGGGAGGGGGAGACCGAGCCCAGCAUGCUGCUGCAGAAACUCAAGAGCAACAUCUCGAAGGAUGUUCAGACCAAAGUGGAUCAGAUCCUGCAAGACGUCCAGCGUUUCUCUGAUGGGGACAAGCUGUACCUGUACCUCCAGCUGCCCUCUGGACCCAAUUCUGGAGACAAGAGCAGCAGUGACUCCAGUUCCUUUAACACAUCCGACCAGCUUCACACCUGUAACUGGAUCCGGAGUCACCUGGAGGAGCAUUCUGACACCUGUCUGCCCAAACAGGACGUCUACGAGGCGUACAAGAGAUAUUGCAAAAACUUGCGACACCGACCUCUGAGCGCAGCCAUCUUUGGAAAAAUCAUCAGGGACAUUUUCCCAAACAUCAAGGCCAGACGACUGGGAGGCAGAGGACAGUCCAAAUACUGUUACAGCGGCAUCAGGAGGAAGACGGUUCUCAACAUGCCUCUGCUGCCCAACCUGGACCUGAAGAACGAUCCGUCGGAACUGACUGAGCUGGUCCAGACCUACAAACAGGAAGUGACGGAGGCGGCGUGCGAGCUGAUCUGCGACUGGGCGCAAAAGAUCCUAAAGCGUUCAUUCGACACAGUGGUGGAGAUCGCUCGUUACCUGAUCCAGGAGCACCUCGUCAACCCUCGCUGCAGCCAGGCGGAUCUCGUGACGUCUGCAGCCCUCGCAGGGGGUCCAGCCAAAACUCACAAAGUCAUCAAGAAAACUCCGGUGAUUUCUAAAGUGGAUGCAGACGGAGCUGCAGAUCUGAAGAAGGAGCAGGGAGACUCCUCGUCCUCGCUGAAGCUACCGACUGCAGACAAAGCUUCUCCUCCCAGCAAAACCUCCUCUGUGGAUGCUCCCCUUCCUCCUUCCUCGGCUCCUGCCUCCACCAAGCGUCCAGCAGUGAAGGCCUUCAUAAAGCAGUUACCGAAGCUCCUCCCCCGCAGCCCCAUCUCAGUCAAAGACGUGUCCUGUGUCGGGGGGGCUUCUGGACAUGGAGGCCCCGCGGCCGCCGCUGCCAACAGCGGCCCCGUGAAGGUCAUUGCCAUGACGACCCUGCCCCAGCAGCAGGGCACACCCCUCCCUUUGAUGAUCCUCCCACAGAGCUGCCUGUCCUACGACAGGGAGAAGGUCGCCGUGGCUCCGCCUCUUCCCUCGGCGGCCCCCACCUCUGUGGUCCAGAAAGCUCGAGGGAGCACGCCCAAACGGCCCCCGGAGGGCGGGAUGUCGGUCGGCGGUGCCAGUCCGGCGGACGGCGCUCCUCCGGUGAAACGGAAACGUGGAAGACCCAGAAAACCUCAGCCGGAGGACACAUUUCCCUCCCCUCCCGUCGCCCUGGCCUCCCCCCAGCUCUCGCCCCAAACUCCGCCCUUCCCCUCUCCGAUCAUCACGUCCGUGACUGGUGGCGUUAUCCAGAAGGCUUCCUCCUCCUCCUCAUCUUCCUCACAACCGCUGCUCGAGCUGGUUCUGAGUCAGCUGCCGGCCGUGUCGGAUCAGCAGCUGGUGGAGCACCGCCAGGUGGUGGUGCAGUGCCAGCCGAGCGGGCCCGCCGACGCCGACCACCACAGCAGGCCGCUGCUGCUGUUCCAGAGUCCCGGGAACCCCAGCUGGGAGCUGGCGCCGUCCGGACGGGCCCCCAUGGUGGAAGUGAUCCAGAAAGCGCCGAGGCCCGGCAACAACGCCCCGCCGGACCCGCCCUUUCCCCGGCCCGCUGCGCACGAGGAAAGAGGCGAGGUGGAGAUAACUUUGACCCCGGUGGAACUGCACCGCAGCCUACCACCUUCCUCCUCCUCCUCCUCCUCUGCCCCGUCGAACGAGGAGAGACCAGAAACCAACAAAGGAGAACGACUCUAGCUUUCAGAGAUCUUCGUCUUGUCUGUUUUUAUCACCCCUCCUUCAUUCAGCUUCUGCCUUACUCGCUCUAAGGUCACGCCCCCUUUACAUCUCUAUUGGUCAAACGGGAUACAUUCGCCAUUUGUAAAUGAAACGCCCCACAAACCAGGAAUUAUUUCAUCUCAUCCGUCUUUUUGUGUCUAAUAUGAACCACAGCCGGUUUCCCUGCUUUCUUCUUUUCAUUUCCCCUCUUAAUUAAAAAAAAAAA